UCUGGAGACCCUGUGAAGUUUUAUAUUGUCCGUCGAGAAGAAUUAAUAUGCACAGAAUAGACGCAUAAAAAUAUGCAGAGCAAAAAGGUUGACAAUACAAAGGGAAAUGGCAAGACAUAGAACUGAGAGGGGAGACUUGACUUCUCUGCUUUUAACAUACUGAGGAAAGAGGGUCAUCACUUCUUUUUUGACCAACCUGUUCGGUUUGCCUAGAACUUGCCGGGUUUCAGUUUUGGAAGUCCCAAAUCCCGGAAAACCCUUCGGUCCGGCAACAAUCUGGACCGGGAGGCGCCCUAUUGUGACACACACACACACCCGGCCUCAGGGGCACCCCCAGCCCCUUCCCUGUGUUGCCCCGCCUUCAGCUCCUGGGCCAACAUUGUUGCCUGCGGCACCAGGACGGUCGCCGGGGGCGCUGUGGCGCACAGGCGCAGCCUGGGAGGCUCUCUGGCCUUGGGGCGUCGCUGUUCCUUCCGCCUUCCCGGCAGGCCCCGCGCCGCGCCUGCGCACGCUGUGACCUUUCCGGACAUUGGCCGUGGGUCUGUGCUACGGCCCGAGCCGUUGGUCCCGCGCCGAGAUGCUUCAAAGCAUUAUUAAAAAUGUGUGGAUCCCCAUGAAACCCUACUAUACCCAAGUUUACCAGGAGAUCUGGAUUGGAAUGGGCUUGAUGGGCUUCAUUGUUUAUAAAAUCAGGAGUGCAGAUAAAAGAAGUAAAGCUUUGAAAGGACUGGCUUCCUGAGCUUUGAAGAAGAGACAUUGCCCUGCCGCUCUCACCUUUGCCCCUGCAGGUGAGCUGCUGCAUUCAUGCCGACGUUACACAAGCCCUUAAACAUACUGGGUGUUCUCUAUAGAAAUAAUCAUCCUUGCUUUUUGAUAGUAUUGAAAAAUGUCAUUUAUACCUUUUGACUUGUUAAUACUUAAUAAACUACACUCUCUUUGCUCCUUC